CUGUCCGCGCCGUUCCCGUGUUCCCGGCUGUCCCGCUCUUCUCGUUGCUGUCCCGGCGGCUCGGUGACCCUGGCGGGGCGGGCGGCGGCGGCCAUGGCCAUGUCGGUGUUCGUGACGCGGCGGAUCCCGGCCGAGGGGCUGCGGGUGCUGUCCCAGGCCAGCGGGUGCCGCGUGCAGCAGUGGGACUCGGACGAGCCGGUGCCGCGGGCCGAGCUGCUGGCGGGCGUGGCGGGCGCGCACGGGCUGCUGUGCCUGCUCUCGGACCGCAUCGACCGCGAGGUGCUGGACGCGGCCGGGCCCGGCCUGAAGGUCAUCAGCACCCUGUCCGUGGGCUUCGACCACCUGGCCCUGGACGAGAUCAAGAAACGGGGCAUCCGCGUGGGAUACACCCCGGACGUGCUGACCGACGCCACGGCCGAGCUGUCGGUGGCGCUGCUGCUGUCCGCCUGCCGCCGCCUGCCCGAGGCUGCCCAGCAGGUCCGCAGCGGCGGCUGGACCACCUGGAAGCCCCUGUGGAUGUGUGGGCACGGGCUGUCCGACAGCACCGUGGGCAUCAUCGGGCUGGGCAGGAUAGGACAGGCGGUUGCGCGGCGCCUGAAGCCCUUUGGGGUCAGCAGGUUCCUGUACACCGGCAGCGGCCCCAAGCCCGAGAGCGCGGCCGAGUUUGGGGCUGAGUUUGUCCCGCUCGCCACGCUGGCCCAGGAGUCCGACUUCGUGGUGGUCACCUGCGCGCUGACCCCGGCCACCCAGGGCAUGUGCAACAAGGACUUCUUCGGCAGGAUGAAGAAGACUGCUGUGUUUGUCAACACCAGCAGGGGGGCUGUGGUGAACCAGGAGGAUCUGUACGAGGCGCUGGCCCAGGGGCAGAUCGCGGCCGCGGGGCUGGACGUGACCACGCCGGAGCCGCUGCCCACCGACCACCCGCUGCUGUCCCUGCAGAACUGCGUGAUCCUGCCACACAUCGGCAGUGCCACCUACGCCACGCGCGGCACCAUGGCCGUGCUGGCAGCCAGGAACCUGCUGGCCGGGCUGCGGGGGGAGCCCAUGCCCAGCGAGCUGACCUUCUGAUGGGCAGAGCCUGGGGACAGAGCCCGAUGGACGG